GUCUUCUGCCCGAGUUAGUAAGUCUACAAUACACUCCGCCGGAAGCAUAGCGUACGCUCAGAGAAAAAUCCGAUUCGCAAGUCCUAUGAAAUAUGCAUAGUGAAUGACCGAGAGGCGGGAAAUGGCGUCUAUCUGCUCCUCAUUCCCUUCUCAUUUAAAACCACUUCCCAAACCUAACUUCAACGAUGGGAAGAAGAAGAAGAUGCAGGGCCCCUUUUUAUGUUCACUGGGGGAGAAAGAAGAAGCUCCUCAGCUGCUAAAGCUUGCCGUUAAUGGAGUCACGGAGCUUCUUCGACUGUUCAGCCCCCAAAACACCGGAUUAAAGAGUGUUAAUUAUACUCGAGGGGAUGAAGUUUCUGUAUAUGGUGUUAAUGAUGUUCUGGGCAUCCUUCAAUCAGAUUUUGAGAAAUCUUACUUUGUUACAGGGAACAUGACUGUGGCAAUUUAUGCUGAAAACUGCACUUUUGAAGAUCCGACAAUCAGAUUCCAUGGUAGAGAUCUUUAUAAGCGUAACUUGGAGUUGCUUGUGCCUUUCUUCGAUGAGCCUUCUCUUAUUCUUCACAAUAUUGAAAAGGCUGUGGGCUGUGAAACUGGACGUAUAGUAGCAUCAUGGAAGCUAAGGACCUACCUUAAGCUCCCUUGGAGGCCUCUUGUUUCCGUAGAAGGAAUGACAGUUUACGAUCUCAAUGAUGACUUCAAAAUCGUAAAGCAUGCUGAAAGUUGGAAUAUUUCUGCACUUGAUGCUAUUGCCCAAUUAUUUACAUCCUCUGGCUAUCAAAAGGAUGUAGAUCCGAAGCAUAUAUAAUGGGAUCUUACUAGAAAAGACUAACUUGCCUCCACACUAGUGCACUCUGCAUAUAGUUCCAAAUUUUUGUGUAUAUUUACGUCUUAGUGUUCAUUUUGUACAUGUGCCAUGUAGUUUCUGUCCUUCUCUAUAUGUAUGUAGUCUACAUAUCAAAUGAUAUUGACUGAAUCUAUUGUUUUUCAUUUGUAUCAUGUAAAAGCUCUAAAGCUCUUGUUCUAUCAAA